AUGUUUGACAAUUCUGUAAUGCCAAGAUGGCUAAUAUUUUCUUUAUUCUCAUCAUUGUCAUGCAUAUGUGGUGGGUGUUUAGUUCCAAUUUUGUUUUACUUAACUCCAAAAAAUUCUCAUAAUAAUAUUAAUACUAAGCUGGUUAAUUAUGGUCUUUCAUUAAGUGCAGGCUCCAUGUUAACUACAUCUUUGUACAAAUUGAUUCCAAGAGAUGUAGAUAAUAACUUAAUUAUUUUUGAAGGGCUAUUAAUCGGUAUUGGUACAGGUUUAUUUUUGAACUCUGUGAUCCAUUCAUUCGCCAGUGAAUCAUUGAUUCAUUGUGCAGAUGAAGGUGCUGUCAUGAUUAAAAAUACUGAUGCUUCUGAUUUGAUUAACGAUAUACCCUUAUCAGGGCAUGAUCAUCCACAUAAUUUACUUAAUGGGACGGACACUAUUGAACAAGCCCCAACUGGAACUAACCCUUCUGCUGUUACUAACGAAAACACUCCACUUUUAACAACUAACUCAAAUGAACCAAAAUAUUCGUUGGUUAACUUAUUAGAUUUGAAAAAUAAGAAAUCCAGUGGAAGAUUAGUUCAAGUUGAUAACACUUCAAAUAAUCUAUCAAACACUUGCAGUUCAAAUCCAAUUACUUCCACCACAUGCAAUUCAGCUACAACAAAUCCAAAUACAAACCAUGAUUUACCUUGUUUAGAAAACGAUAUUGGUUAUGAUUUGGAGAAUAUAUCAAUUUAUAGAAAUAAUUUUAUGGCAAAUGGUUUGAAACCAAAAUUGGCCUCUUCAGAUUCAAAUAAAGCCUUAUUAUCACAUCAUCAUAAAAAACAUCAUCAUAACCAAUCUCAUAAUCGUAAUAAUCAAGAUAAUAAAAAUGAUUCUGGUAAAAAUUCUUCAAGUGUUACACAUGAAUCUGAGGUGGAAAAUUCAACCUCAAACGAUAAUAGUAUUUUAGAUGAUGCCCAAUAUAAUACUUUCGAUUCUAAUACCAAAAAAAAUACAAAGAUUAACAGUGCGAAUAAUGUCACCGUUGAUGGAGAAAAUGAUACUUGUGAUUCUGAUGAUAUUGAAUCCCAACACCACUUGCAUCAAAUUGAAACACCAUUUUCCAAAUUGAUAUCUAUUGGUUUCCAAACAUGUUUAGUAAUGACACUACAUAAAUUCCCUGAAGGUUUUAUCAUAUUUUAUACAAAUAGAGAUGGCGGUAAUAAUGUUUCAAGUUUAGCCAGUGAAGAAGAAUCUUUGGGUUUCUCUAUAUUCAUUAGUCUUGCUAUUCACAACUUUGUUGAAGGGUUUGCCAUGACAUUACCAUUUUAUACUGCUUUUGAAUACAAAUAUCUAGCAGUUUUAAUCACUGCUAUUCUUGGGGGUGGUUCUCAACCAAUGGGUGCUGCUAUUGGUUAUUUCCUAUUUAGAGGUAAAGGUGGAGAGUCAUCAGAUAAUUCUAAGAUGAUGGAUUUAUUAUUAAGUAUCACAGGUGGCUUUUUAUUAUUAAUUGCUCUACAGAUGUUUCAAACUGGUAUUGGUUUCAGUGAUGGGCAUCAUCAUCAUAUGCACGUUAAAGAAGCGGAAGAAGAUUUACACGAUGAUCAUGACCACGGUGUUGAAGAUGAUAUUGAUGAUCAUAGUUUAGCUACCACUUGUAUAAAAUGGUGUUGUUUCGGUAUACUGCUAAUAUUUGCUAGCAACAUAUUCAUUUGA